AUGUUAACUCCCUCAACCACACCCGCAGAAUCAACGCACCCAGAGCCAUCAUAUCCCGCAUUCGUUUAUGAACGGAUUCCAAACGGGUGGAGGCUUCUCGGGAUUAUGCCCGAUCGUCCGGCUGACUCAGUUUCACCAAAUUGGGACGAAGAUGACGAUGGCACUGGUGUCUGUCCCCCAGGCUAUACCCUUGUCGCCCUACAGCCGUGUUUUGUUGGUUAUAUAGUCUCCAAUGAACCCAGCGAAGUAACAAAGUCCAGUGACCUCCCAGGAGAGAGUCCAGCAACUGCGACCAUUACUGACCCACUUGUACCGUUGGCAACCACUUUACCACUCGCUUCACUUGAACUAUCCACCUUCGACUACUCCAGAGGCUACAGAGCGGCUCGUGAUGCAACUCAUGUUAUCUUGCUUUUGAUCACGGUUGUUCUCUUGAGCCUGGUGGCUCGGUCAUACACGCACCGGAGCAGGAAGGCCUCACAGGAAAAAGCAAAGAUGUCGCUUCCUGUGACGGACUUGCCCAAGAAUUGA